AUGAGGGAACGCAGGCGCACUGGAGAACCCACGGGCGGCAAGAGAAGCGCGUGCGGUCGGUGUCUCCAUGGCAACCACGGCCGGGGACCUGAGCUCGCGGCCAGGGCAGCGCUAGGGAACCCCCAUGGCAACGGCCGCAGGCUGUUUUUCCCCCGUAGUGUGACCUCAGAGUUAUCAGUGAGAGCACCUAGAAUACAGUGUGAUUUUUGGGAAAUGACAGCUCACACCUCUGAAGCUGUCAUGUCAACUCGUCUAAGUCUCCAUAAACAGUAUUUGCAAGCCUGCCAAGAGUCGAGCCAGCCAGAAAACCCUUUCAUAGCCCACAUGCUUGAAGAAGCUGAGAAAGCAGAUAUAACAUUGACAAAAGGGAUCACAUUAAAAAUAGCUGGAAAUAACCGCUUGGUGCCAGUACAGAAAGUUACAGAUGAGGAUUUUCGAAUGCUUGCCUGCAUCUUAAGCAAUAACACAUUUGUUACAGGGCUGGACCUUAGAUAUAAUGUAUUAACUGAUGUUGGAGCAGAGCAUGCUGCAAAAUUCCUUCAGGAAAACUCAACCCUGCACUACCUCAAUCUGAUGUUUAAUGAUAUUUGCACCAAUGGAGCAGAAUUGAUAGCUAAAGCAUUGCAUAGGAAUGAAACGCUCCUACACCUGAGAAUGACUGGCAACAAAAUUGAAAACAAAGGUGGGAUGUACUUUGCUUCAAUGCUGCAAAUUAAUUCGACCUUAGAGAAGUUAGAUCUUGGAGACUGUGAUCUGGGUACACAAAGUCUAAUAGCAAUAGCAACAGUUAUGAGCCAUAACAAAGCAAUGAAAGCACUAAACCUAAACCGUCCUAUACUGUACAGCCAAGAGGAAGAGACCACAGUUCACACAGCUCUAAUGAUGAAAAAUAACUCUUGUCUUAUGGAACUGCAUUUGUGCAAACAUGAAAUGAAGAACUUCGGUGUGGAGCGACUGUGUGAUGCAUUGUAUGAAAACCGCAGCCUGCGAUAUCUUGACCUCAGUUGUAAUAAAAUAACUCGUGAUGGUGUGAAAUUUUUGGGAGAACUGCUGAAACGGAACCAAACUCUGGAAAUCCUAGAUCUUAAUUCAAACAGGAUAGAAGAUGAUGGAGCCAUCUAUCUGAGUGAAGCCCUGGCUUUGUACAACAGGACUCUUCAAGCGUUAGCAGUAGUGAGCAACAAUAUAAGUGGAAAAGGACUUGUUGCUCUUUCGGAUUCAAUGAAAACAAACAUGGUGCUUUCCUACAUUUAUAUUUGGGGAAACAAAUUUGAUGAGGACACCUGUGUCGCAUUUUCAGACUUAAUUAAAACUGGCCGCUUGAAACCAAAUUGUACAGACGUGGAUCCGUAUGAAGUGGAUGGGCAUGUAUAUCUUGCAGAACUCUCUCAUGGCCUUAAAAGGCAUUACUAUUGGACACCAAGUUAUGGGGAGGUUGAUAACAAAGAUGCUAAUGCCAGUCUUGCCAUAGGAACAGUUGCAGAACAUUUGUGA